UCACACUAAGCGGCCGGCGUUCUUGUUUUGAUUUUGUGUUUCUUCCUUUUCUUAAUUCGAGGACAGUAUGAGCCCCCCGCCAUGCUGGACGCUCUAAUUCGGGCAGCGGAGCUUGUGGAUCUGGUCCUGCUGCGUCCGCUGGCCAGCGUGAUUGAUGCAGUGAUUACUGGCGUGUACUACUUCCUGUGGGGCAGCUACCUCGUCGGCUUCUGUUUGGUGGAGGGCAGCAGGAAAGGAUGGAAUCUGUUGAGAUGCGCGGUCAGGAAUAUCAACGAGGGCAUCCGCGACUUGGGCCUCAUCACGCUAGAUGUGGCGGACUACUUCUACGGCGGCACCAAAGGCGGGCUCAAGAAUGUACUCGAUUUUGGUCACUGCAUAUCCCGAUUCAUCUGCAACUUACUCAUCGAUCUGGGUGAUGGCAUCUUGUGGCUGCUGAUGCUGCUGCCGAGGGCCAUACUAUUCCUCUGGGACUGCCUCCUAGACUUUGUGGUGCACUCAAUCGUGGCCCAUGGCUUGAGCUUGCUGAACAGUGCGUUCCGGGCCUCGAUAGGAUUGGCCCUGCUCCUCGUUCUCUAUAUGUUCCGCCGCUAUGUGUACCUGAUGCUCAUCUACCUGCUGCAACGUGGACGCAUUGAAAUCUCGACGAAGACGCAAAGCGUUUACCUAUGGACCCAUCAUAAAUUGCAACACUUCAUACACAAUGUUUGGUAUGUGUCAGAGAACGCAGGAUCCGCGAGUCCAGAACGCUGUGUCGUGUGCAUGGCUCAAAGCAGGAACGUAGUAGUCAUGCCAUGCCGGCACCUCUGCCUCUGCAAAGAGUGCUCCCUGCAGCUCGUGCUCCUUUUAGAAGACCGCUGUCCUGUCUGCAGGCACAACAUUACGUCGUUCCUGUCAGUUUACGUUUGAUAUAUAAGACUGCCAAUUGGAAUUUAACUUAUAAGUAAUUAUGAUUCUCAGAAGUUAACCAAAUGUCUUUGGUUAAGACACUUGUAAUAGAAAAAACAAAUAAUCUUUACAAAGCAGAACAGACAAAACAUUUUAAUGCAGCUUUCAAUUCCCAGACACCUAAAAUAUCAAGUAAAACAAGUUAAAUUGUUUUAUGUAUUUAUUUCAAACCAAUGAAAAUAUACGAUUUGUUUUGUAUACAUUUAUGUAAAUACGGUUUGGUUUUGCGUAUAACUAAUUUGCUCAAAAGACAGAUAUAGAAAAAACGUUUGUUUUGGGCUUACAUCGUUUAAGUAUAUAUAAUUAAAGAUUAAAUC